CGUUUGUUCCAUUGUUCUAAUUGAGUACUCGUCAUUGCAUCAUCCCCCUCUCCCGGCAACGUUGUCAUUAGCCCUUUCCUCUUCGAUUUUUCUGCCAACUACGUACUUUCCUUUCCUUUAGACGACCCCUGUACCAUUGUAAAACAUGCGUGGCGGACCCGGUUUAGUUCUGGAAGUCAUCGCUGGCGUGAACCUGGCCAUUCCAUCCAAUCGUACACCCGCUGGCCUUUAUGUCCUGGUCUCUACUUCCUAUGGUCAAUGGAACACUGCCAUAAAGGCUCCAAUGGCCGACUGUAGUGUUUCUUGGAAUGAGACCCUCACCAUCCACGCAAGCCCGCUGAAGUUCCCUCGAUGGCUCAUGCCCAUAUUUUCCCGUGAACUCGUGGGUGUGUUUGAGACCACUCUCGAACGAUUGCUCGGGAGCGAUGGGUGGCCCAUAUCAAUUUCGACUGUUGAUAAUCAGCGCAUAUCUCUUGAGCUGAGAGCCCGAUGCUCACAAACUACGCAGAUGGCCAAUCAUGCUGUGGGCGGCAAUGAGCAGAGUGAGAUCGGUCGCAGCACUGAUGCAGCGCGUGAUGCAUACAUUCUCUUUGGAACGAGCAGUCUUGCCAGUGAUCUCGACAACUCUAUUCGUGGCUUUCAGUCAGUGCUUGACCAAUGUCCCCUCAACCAUCCAGGUCGCGCCGCAGCACUCUCCAACCUUGCACAUGCAGUUCUCCGUGGCAACGCCAAAAACGUCCGAACUGACAUUGACCAUGGCAUUUCCCUCUUCCGCUCCGCACUCGACCUUCGUCCCCCGGGGCACCCUGAUCACCUGCUUUCUAACCUCGACCUCUGCCAGGCUCUCCAAUGUCGUUACUUGCACCAACAGGCUCACGCUGAUCUCUGCGAAGCAACGGAUCUUUCUCGCUAUGUGCUGCCACUUUGUGUGGAGGGGAGCUAUCUUCAUCAGGUAGUGCUCGACACCAACAAACUGCAUGCCAGCCAGAUCUCGUCGGGCCAGCACAGCGAAAGGCACUAUGAUCAGCGGAGUGUAGUUCAAUCUUCAGAAAUACCGGAAUUUGAACAGAAACGAUCGCCACCACAACUGUCUCCGCCCGCAUCAUUGAGCAAUGCCGAACAGACACAUGUGAGGGGAAGAAAUGUCGUUAUAUUCGGCGAAACCGGCGUGGGGAAAAGUUCGAUCAUCAAUACACUCGCGCAACAAGGGCUCGCGGAGACAUCCAAUGAUGCAUCGGGAUGCACUUCUAGCUCUGACCGCUACCCGGUUGAAAUCUCCGGUCAGAGAUUCGUCAUGUUUGAUACCGCGGGUUUAAAUGAGGGAACUGAAGGCACGGUGCCGGCGGCGAUGGCGGAAAAACAGUUGAAGAAGCUGUUGCUUGAGCUCAUGAGCCCCGAGUCGGAUGGCAUCGGCCUUCUGGUUUACUGCGUGCGCAGCACUUCUGCCCCUCGUGCUCUCGCUCGGGCCUACAACAUGUUCUAUGCUGGGAUCUGCCAGAAGAGGGUCCCGAUCGUUGUCAUCAUCACGGCACUGGAGAAAGAGACUCGCAUAGAGAACUGGUGGGAUACCAACAGGGAGAAGUUCGAGAGUCAUGGCAUGCAAUUUGCAGGUCAUGCUUACGUCACAGCGCUUCAGGAAUACCCAGGCAUCCCGGACAUCUCUACUCGUCGCAUCGAAGAGUCUUCCGAAAUUUUGCGCAACCUUGUUGUCAACAAUUGCUUGGAUGGGGCGCCAACGACAACUGGCUCGAGUGUACUACGGAAGCGUGGUGCUCCUCGGCCUCGCCGUGGUCGGAGGACUGAAUAAUAGCAGAUCUGCUCAUCAUCGGGUCGAGUCAUAUGACACAUGGUGGCGCCGGACGUCCAUUGUAUUCUGCUGUAGACCUUGGAGUUGAUUAUGUGAAGUGACAGGCGAGACACGGCUUUCUUUUUUCAUGUUUGUUUUUCUGCAUCAAGUUUGAUCAUUCACCAUAUGUUGGAAAUUUCCCGACGCGGGCUUAUAGAUGCAUACCGUAGGACCUACUGAAUAUCAAAUGUGCACUUGAUUCAUUGUCAGCUUAUCAUUGUCACCUUUCAUCUUUCAGUGCAUUAUUUCCUCUGACGAACUCUUUCUUCGAAUUCUCCUGCCAAUACGACAUUGCUACCGUAUGUAAUAUCCGAUUAUCAUCGACAUGUCACGGUGAGGUUAGAGAUGCGACUUA